AUGGGCCCUCGUGUUGGACGGCGGACGCAGGAGAGUGUGCCCACGAAACGCGGCUGGGAGCCGGACGAGGAGGAGGAGGAGGUCUAUGAGAGUGAGUACGAAAGUGAGGCAAGCGAUUCCCUCGAUGAAUACGAGCCGGACGACGAGGCUCCGCCGCCCGCGCCGGUCGUGCCCACCGACGAGGACGACGCGAUGGAUAUCGAGCAGGAAGACUUUACGCGCCUGAUUCAUGCUUUUACAGACGACCCCACCCACACGAAGAAAGGGCCCUCGACGGCCGCCAAGUCAAGCGCGUGGAAGCAGUCCAUGGAGGCAGAAAUGGAGUCGUUUCAUCAUGAGCUGCGCGAUGUGAAUGGCUAUGCGCGCAAGCACAAAGCGACGCGAAUUCGCGAGCAGGCACUGUCGUCCGAAGUCAAAGCACUACUUGCACAGGCGAACAUUGCGUACGUCGAGGCGGAUCUGCCUAGCGCCAUUCGCCAGCUGGAGGAGGUGAUUCGUAUUGAGCCUACCGUCAAGAGCGCUUGGUACACCCUGGGUAUGUGCUUUGAGGAGAUGGGCGAGGAAGAGAAAUCCAUUCAGUGCCGUAUUGUCGGUGCCCACCUGACGUCGAAUGCAGCGGACGAAUGGAAGUCCCUUGCCCGCCGAAGUCGUGAGCGUGGCUUGUUCCAGCAGUCCAUUUACUGCUUGCAGCAGGCAAUCAAGAAGAAUCGGUACGACGUAGAUGCCAUUUGGGAUCGAGCUGUCAUGCUGAAGGAGUCAGGACGACUUCGUGCGGCAGCCGAUGCAUUCCAGGCGAUCUUGAAGUUGCAGCCGUACGAUGCAGAGGUGUUGCGUGAGCUGAUUCCGCUCCUUGUAUCGCUGGGCGAGUACGACACAGGUGUGCAAAUCUUGGAGGGCAUGCGCAAAGCCAGCAUGGAAGGCGUGCAGGACCCCACGAUUGAUCCCUCCCUGGCCGACGAGGCGCCGUCACACGCACACGUUCAGUUCACGCUCAAUGAGUUGGUGACGCUGGCCGACUUGCUGCUUCUACUGCGACGACCGCUCCAAGUGAUCCUGGUCGUAAAGCAGACCAUUCGGUGGCUGCGUGGCGAGACGCGCGCCGACUCUGUGGACGACGCGCAAAACGACUUGGAGCUCGAUGAGGAAGUACAGGGCCAUGUCCCUGAACUGGAUCGCGAAGUGCGUUUGCGUCUUGGCAAAGCGCGGUUCAUGCUAAAAGACAUGGACGAGGGACGUCGGCAUUUUAGUAUCUUGGCGGACGAGACCGACCCGGCGGACUAUCCUGUGCUGUUCCUUGAAAUGUCCGAGUGUUACUUUGAGCACCAGCUCUACGCGGAGGCGCUGGACGGCUACCGCGCGCUGAUUGACGAAGGCUUGGUGGACGAUGUGUCUGUAUGGAUGCAUUUGGGCAUGUGCUACCAGACCCUGGAGAUGCCGAAAGAGGCGGCACACGUGUACGAAUCCAUUCUGGACGAGUGCCCCGACAACUUUGAUGUCAAGCUGGGCCUCGCGGAAGUGUACGAAGAGCUCGGCGAGCGUGACAAGGCCCUGGACCUGGUCAAUCAAGUGAUGCUAGCGCGCCACCAAAUGCGGGAGGCCCCGCCUGAGGAGGCCGCACGUACCGACACGGACACGGUCGAUGGCGCGAGUGCCUCCCUGUCGUUCUUCAACGAGGCGAAUGCGGCCGGCUCGGCCACAUCGCAAUCGCGCACAACGCGGGCCGGCAUGAGUUUCGCAGAUCGGCAGCGGUUGGAGCAGCAGUGUGAAGAAGAGACGCGCCUCGCCUGGGUCCAGCUAAGUGCGUUGGAGCCGCAAGUGUUUGUCGAUGGGUUCUGGCGGCACGACUUUGUGUUCCUGGACGGCCCAUCCACACACACCGCCUGGGAUGCCGCGACGCAGAAACGAUUCGCUGCUACGCGUCAAUGGAUGCAAGUAGCUGGACGCUUGAUUGAGUCGUUCCGCAGUAUGUCGCUGCUCUUCCCGAAAGAACGCAAUACCAAGUAUCGAGGCGUCGUCCGGCCACGCAAGACACGGCGAUCCAAGCCAUCCGACCUCGAUAGCCAAGCGGAAGAGCUCAUGUCGCGCUUGCGCGAUCACAUGGUCGACGAGGCGACACAGCAAACGACCGAGCACGACGUCGCGCCGGAGCAAACGACGUUCCGCACGGUGCAUUUCGACGACUGGGUCGCGCUCUUUAUGAAGUAUGGCAUCGGCCUCGCGAAGAUCGGUGGAGACGAUGAAGCCAUUCACGAUCUGUUUCGUCACGUUAUGGUAUCCAAUACAGUAUGGCCAUCGGAAGAACGGAAGACGGCCUUGCAUCUAUGUUGGCUCGCCUGUGCGAUGUACUUACGUGAUGCGCCGCGUGUCUUUGAUAUCGCUCGUUGGUUCCCUACCACGUUUCAGUUCCACAACGAGCCGCUGCGGCUCAUUGCUUCCCUGGCCAACAGCCUCGGCUUUUACGGCGUCGACGCCUUUGUAAGCUCGACCAAUACCAAGCAGUACCAACGUCGCAUGCGAACGCAUGAAGCCAUUGUUGCCGGGCAGCCUGCCAAAGUCAAUCCACGCACGGGCCGCUGGACGAUUGCCGGGGUGGACGACGAGGACGACGUGGGAGACGAAUCGACGCUCACCCUCGCCCGAGCCCCCGCGCAGGUCCCGCCUACCAAAUCGUCGCCCAUCGGCGAGAUGUUUUACGGCUACCUCAUGCUUUGUGCAAAUAGCUACCAGCCGGCGAUGGGGUACUUGCUUCGUGCGUUGGCGUUGCAGCCCACCGAUCCACUGCUGUGCCUCCUGUGCAGUGUCGCCACCCUGAGCCGAGCGACCAACCGCCAAGUGGACAACCGGAAUCAUACCGUCGUACAGGGCCUCGCCCUACUUACACAGUACGCCGAUCUACGUGGCGCAGGGCCAGAAGUCGACUACAACUUUGCACGGGCCUUUCAUCAGCUGGGCCUAUUGCACUUGGCCGUACCUCGGUACCAGCGCGUGCUGUCGCAGGCCGACACGCCGUGCCAGACCGGCUUCGCCAUGGUCCGUGAGGCGGCUUACAAUCUAUCGCUCAUCUAUGUCCAAGCAGGCUCGCCCCACCAGGCGCAGCAUUUGUACCGUACCUAUCUAGCCGUGUAA